UUUGAUACUUUGAUGCAAGUAUGAACUAUACCGGAAAUGGUACAUAUCCGUGAAUGGCUUCAAUCUGUAUCUGAAAGAACGAGGAAGUCUCAUUCAAUUCUACGUUCCCUAAACCCCCUCCAUCAUGACCACUAGGAUGAAUCACAAGUUUACCUACCCUGAGCUGAACUAUGAUGCUCCAGUCAACUUUCAACCCUGCACUAAACUAACCAUCUUUUUCCACAAGCCGGAUGACCUAUCUCCCGGCCAAUUUUCCGACCACUGGGCCCAUUUUCACGCCGAUAUCCUUCUAGCGAUGCCUUUGUUCCGAAAACUGGGCUUGCGUUACAGCCAAUACCAUCAAAGCCCCGAAAUGAAGGCACGGUUCAAGAGCACGGGCCUGGAGGGAAUCAAUCUCCUUGAACAUGACGGAUAUGCCGAGCUUUGGUUCAGAACUUGGAUGACUGGGUUACUUUUUCGUAAAGCCGGGAGUUAAUUGAUGCAUUUGGCGACUGCGCUAACCUCAUGAAGCUGC